ACCCCCCCCAGCAGUUAGUUGCACUCUGCACCUCCUUCAGUGAGGACUCACCUUACACCAGCUCAAAGGGAGUUUUGUAUUUUUGUAUUAUUAUUGUUAUUAUCCCAUGGAGGGCAGGAUCACCUGUGGACUGUGGCCUGUGGUCGUCUUUCUCUUGGGAUGUGGGCGACUGUCCGCUUUCAAUCUGGACACCGAGAAUGCUCUGCGGAAGAACGGGGAUCCAGGCAGCCUCUUCGGCUUCUCUCUCGCCAUGCACCGGCAGCUCGAUCCGGUGGAUAAAAGAAUGCUGCUGGUUGGUGCCCCGAGAGCAAAAGCCUUGAGGGGUCAAACGUCUAAAGUGACAGGAGGACUGUACAACUGUGACAUGAGCACCAACUCGAAUGGUUGCUCCAGAGUUGUAUUUGAUAACACCGAGGAUAUAAUGAGAGAAAGCAAAGAGAACCAAUGGAUGGGAGUGACAGUCAACAGUCAGGGCCCAGGAGGCAUGAUUGUGACCUGUGCCCAUCGCUACCAGCGGCGUGCCAACGUGAACAGACCCGCCCUCGAAUCUCGUGACAUUAUUGGCCGUUGCUAUGUGCUGAGUCAGGACUUGAGUAGCAGCAGCUACGGAGGCACCUGGCAUUUCUGCGAUAGCCGGCCCAGAGGUCAUGAGAUGUUUGGCUCGUGCCAGCAGGGCCUCUCUGCAACAUUUGACAAGGAUUUUCACUAUGUCAUCUUUGGGGCUCCUGGGGCGUACAACUGGAAAGGUAUAGUACGCUUGGAACAAAAGAACGAAUCGUUCAUAGACAUGGGGAUCUUUGACGACGGUCCUUUUGAGGUGGGAGAUGAAAGUGAAAAGAACCCUGAUCUUGUCCCUGUUCCUGCCAACAGUUAUCUGGGCUUCUCUCUGGACUCAGGGAAGGGUGUGACUCAUAGGGACCAACUAACGGUAGUGGCGGGAGCUCCCAGAGCAAACCACAGUGGAGCGGUGGUGCUACUGAAGAAAGGCGAUGAUACAAGCCACAUCUUGCUAGAAGAGUACACCCUGGAAGGGGAAGGGCUGGCUUCUUCUUUCGGCUAUGAUCUGGCCUUGCUGGAUCUCAAUCGGGACGGUUGGCUGGACAUAGUGGUAGGAGCACCUCAGUACUUUGAGAAGGAGGGAGAAAUUGGAGGAGCUGUCUACGUCUACAUGAACAAAAAUGGAAAGUGGAAUGAAGUCAAGCCCAUCAGAAUAGAUGGACCUCAGGACUCCAUGUUUGGCCUGGCUGUGGAAAACCUGGGAGACAUAAAUCAGGAUAGUUACCAUGAUUUUGCAGUGGGAGCUCCUUAUGAGGGUAAUGGUGCAGGGGCUGUUUACAUUUACCAUGGAUCAGCGACGGGUCUCAGCUCUAAGAAAGCUGCACAGGUUCUGUCCGGCAAGGCUGUAGGAGUCACGAAUUUUGGCUACUCUUUGGCGGGCAACAUGGACCUGGAUAAGAACUCCUACCCUGACCUGGCUGUCGGAUCCCUCUCUGACUCUGUCUUUGUCUACAAAGCCCGUCCAGUUAUUAACAUCAAGAAGGAAAUCAAGAUUACACCGAAGCAAAUCGACCUCACAAAUAAAAACUGUGGCAACACCUUCUGCUUGCAAGUUGAGGCAUGCUUCACCUACACUGCCAAGCCCACGAGCUACACUCCCAGUCUGACGCUGGCAUACUCCCUGGAGGCCGAUGCUGACCGCAGGAAGAACCAUCUCAGCUCCAGGGCGACUUUCUCUGAUGGCACUGAGCAAAGCCAUGAAUACAAAGACACCAUCACCUUGAACAGCAAAGGAAAGGAAAAGUGCAUUAGGCAUCAACUCAAAAUACAGGAAAAUAUCAAAGACAAGCUGCGGGGGAUCCCCAUUGAUGUGUCUGUGGAAAUUGACAAUGCCAAGCGCAAACGCAGACAGAGCUCAACUUCUCAGCUGUCGCCUGUCCUGGAUGCCAAUGAGCCAAUGACAACUCGAUCAGAGGUGCAUUUCCUGAAGGAGGGUUGUGGCAAGGACAAUAUUUGUCAGAGCAACUUGCAGGUGAAAUAUCGCUACAUGACAGCUGACAAAGACACGUUCAGUCCUAUGGCUCUGGAGAAAGGUGUGCCGCUGUUCACGUUCAGCAACCAGAAGACCAUCGCCUUGGAGGUCACUGUGACCAAUCAAAAAGGAGAUGAUGCAUAUGAAGCCUUUGUGAUCGCCUCCUUCCCACCCUCCCUUACCUACUCUGCUACCCGCUCUCUGCCUAAUCAGCGGCAGGUAAACUGUGUAGCCAAUAAAAACGGUUCUGUGGCUGAUUGUGACAUUGGAAACCCCUUCAAACGCGACACAGAGACAACGUUCUUCAUCAUUCUGGGUACAACAGGCAUCUCUCUUAACACUAAUGAAGUGGAGAUUGAUCUUCAGUUAGACACGACAAGUGACCAGACGAAAACAGCCUCUGUUAAAGCAAAGGCAAAGGUGGCCAUCAAAUUGCAGCUGUCUGUAUCAGGACAAGCCCAGCCAUCUCAGGUCUACUUUUCAGGAUCAGUCAAAGGUGAAACGGCCAUCAAGUCUGAAAGUGAAAUUGGCAGUGCCAUCACACACCAGUUUCGAAUCAUCAAUCUGGGAAGGAGGUUGACAGACUUUAGCAACGCCACCCUCAACAUCGAGUGGCCAAAGGAAGUAGAACAGGGGAAGGUGCUGCUUUACCUGACGAAGAUCAGCUCAACUGGAGUGGACCGCCUAGAGUGCACUCCUGCAAAUGAGAUCAACCGUUUUAAAAAGAACCUGGAAUCAGGUAACACCAGGACGAGACGAGCUGCAGAUAACACAGAGGAAAUUAACGAGGGCACGAUUUCACGUUAUUCGGACAAGAAGAACUACAAAACUCUGUCCUGUGGCCAUGGGGCAAAUUGUGUGACAAUAAAGUGCCCCCUGCGGGGCAUGGACAGUAAUGCAGCCAUCACUCUCUACUCUCGCCUCUGGAAUAGCACCUUCAUAGAGGAUCAUUCCAAGUUACAUCAUGUGGAAGUGAUAGUGAAGGCCUCUCUACAUGUUGACAGCUCAACAAAGAACACAGUGCUGGAAAAGUCUGAGACAGUGGUGAAACUGACAGUAUUCCCAGAGAGGCGUGAAGCCCGGUAUGGAGGAGUGCCGUGGUGGAUCAUCCUGUUGUCUAUCCUGUUCGGGCUGCUGUUGUUGGCCCUGUUGGCUUUCCUUCUCUGGAAGUGUGGCUUUUUUAAGCGAGCAAAAUAUGAAGACAGGGUUCCCAGUUACAACGCUGUCCGGAUCAAACGGGGGGAGAGAGCAAUAACCCCUGGGAAUGGUAACUGGGAAAACCUGGAAAAGAAGCCCUGGAUGACAACCUGGCAUGACAAAGAACAUUAUUCUUAACAGCCAAUGAAAUCUGACUCAACACAGAUUCCUGUCGCUUACUGAAAAACUCCCAAUUUCACUUUUUUUUUUUCUUGCCUUGUCUUGUACACAGUGUGGACUGUAAAUAACAAGAAACAAAAUAAUUUGCUGAAAGGAAAAAGAAAUCUUUUGUAAGACUUCAUACAUGAUCAGAUAUUCUUCAGAACUGAUCUUCUGUAUGAAAGUCUGUAUGAAUCACUGGAGGAGGAGAGUUGCAGUGCGGGAGAUGAUCCUGCACAACUACUGUCUGACAGAGCAUGUUUUGUACAUUUGCUACAUUCACAGUGUUAACUGGGGUAGAGAGGAAGUCUUUCUAGGUAUUUUGUACAUUUUUUAAAAUGUUUUGCAGAAUUGUUUGUAUUUAUUCUUCGUGAGGAGUACUUAUGUUAUGUGCCCUAUAUGCCAAAGAGUCAUGCAAUGCAACCACAGAUGACUUUUUCUUUU